GCCGGCGGGGCCUGAGGGACAGAGGCUGGGCCCGGUCCCGCUCCAUAUGCCCCGAACCGCCCCGUCCCGCUCCAUGUGGGGCCGCUCCUCGUCCACAUCGUCCUCAUCCUUCUACUAUGGCGCGGAAAACAGUUAGCAGGAAGCGGAAAGCGGCGGCGGCUGCCGCCGCGGGGACCGGGGGACUCCAGGGAGAGCAGUACGGGUGGGAUCACUCUGUUCACAAAAGGAAAAGGCUCCCGCCGGUGAAAAGGUCUCUAGUGUACUACGUGAAAGGGAGAGAGGUCCGGAUGCAGAAUGAGUCCAGCUACCACCGCUUGUUGCAUGGAUACGCAGCCCAGCAGCUCCCCAGCCUCCUGCAGGAGAGGGAAUUUCACCUCGGAACACUCAAUAAAGUGUUUGCCUCCCAGUGGCUAAACCACCGACAAGUGGUGUGCGGGACAAAAUGCAACACGUUAUUUGUAGUAGAUGUCCAGACUGGUCAAAUUACCAAGAUUCCUGUUCUGAAAGAUCGUGAACCUGGCAUGGUGAACCAGCAGGGAUGUGGCAUUCAUGCCAUUGAGAUCAACCCCUCGAGGACCCUCCUGGCCACAGGUGGAGACAACCCCAACAGUCUUGCAAUUUAUCGUCUGCCUACACUUGAUCCUGUCUGUGUGGGAGAUGAUGGACACAAGGACUGGAUAUUUUCAAUUGCAUGGAUCAGUGAUACUAUGGCUGUCUCUGGUUCCCGGGAUGGUUCGAUGGGUCUCUGGGAAGUCACAGAGGAUGUGUUAUCCAAAAGUGAUGCCAGGCAUAAUCUCUCUCAAGUUCCUGUCUAUGCCCACAUAACACACAGUGCUCUGAAGGAUAUCCCCAAGGAGAACACCAAUCCUGACAAUUGCAAAGUCCGAGCAUUGGCUUUCAACAAUAAGAACAAGGAGUUGGGAGCUGUGUCCCUGGAUGGGUAUUUUCAUCUUUGGAAAGCGGAGCAUACACUGUCAAAGUUACUUUCCACAAAGUUGCCAUACUGCAGAGAGAACGUGUGUUUGGCUUAUGGUCAAGAGUGGUCAGUGUAUGCAGUAGGAUCACAGGCACAUGUCUCUUUUCUGGAUCCAAGGCAGCCUUCCCACAAUGUUAAAUCUGUCUGUUCCAAAGAACGAGGCAGUGGUAUCCGCUCGGUGAGCUUCUACGAGCACAUCAUCACUGUGGGGACAGGGCAGGGGUCCUUGUUGUUUUAUGAUAUCAGAGCUCAGAGGUUCCUGGAAGAAAAGCCCCCCCGUUCCUGCUAUGGACAGAAGCAGAAAUUAGGAGGAAGUGAAAUUUUGAAAUUGACAACUGGGAAAGGCUGGCUGAACCAUGAUGAAACCUGGAGGAAUUAUUUUUCUGACAUAAAUUACUUCCCAAAUGCUGUUUACACCCACUGCUACGACUCGUCUGGAACGAAACUGUUCGUGGCAGGAGGCCCUCUUCCAUCAGGACUUCAUGGGAAUUAUGCUGGUCUCUGGAGCUAAUGAUAACUCUUCAUUCUGAUGCUGAUCUUUACACGGAUUUCCACUUUCCUUUUCAUUUUUUUAACAACAAAAUUGUGUGAUGCCAUUGAUUCUGAUUUAAACGCAAGUUAUUUUUUUGGCAGAGUUUUCUGUUGGUCUCCAACAGUUUUGUACAUCUUUUUGAACUAGUUUUUUGUUUUAACCUCCUUGAUCCUUUAUAUGGAGGGGUUUUGAAGUCCUUUUUUAUUGUAUUUACUCCAAAUGACUCUUCCCCCCAUUUAGACUGGCUUGGCCAUGCGUCCCCUCCUCUACUUUGCUGUGAGGUAGGAUUUCUUUCAUAUAGAGUGGUUGCUCCUGAGCUUUCUGUGAAAGUCUUGGGGCUGCAUGUAUGCAGGUACUUUGUGUCAGUUACAUUACCUGGAGUGAGGACUACUUGUAAUUAAAGACUAUGAAAAAUAUUUAUAAGAGAUAAGCUACUACUUUAUCUGGAGAGCCUGGCCCUGGCCUGGGUUGAUCAUAUUUUUUAAAAGUACAAGUCUAAUGACACUGUUUUUACAUAGAGGGAUAUGGUAAUUUUAAGUUGUACUCACUGGAGCCCAGGGAUGGAUUCCUUAGUGACAUUGCCCAUCAAUUCCAAACUGAGGAGGUUUUAAAAGUGCAUUUAUGUUCAAAUGGUAGUUUUCAGCAGUGCUAGGAGCAAAAGUUGGUCUGUUUCUUCACUGCCUGUCCCAGGUAUCAGGUUGCACAACUGGAGUUCAUAUAGGCUGUUCUGCAGGGUGACAUUACACUGAGGGCUGCAGAAAUGCUGAGAGGAAAUGGGGGCUAGUUGUUCAAAAUGAACUAAAUCUAUCUGUUCUCCAGAUGAAAUAUGGUUUCUAAGUAUGCUGUUAGGGUAGCUUAUAAACUCUUCGUAAACUGCCUAAAACCUUGGACCUUUUUUUAUCCCAGGUUGUGGAAAUUUUUCCCCUUUUUGCUGUUCUGGUUGGCCAUCUGCUCAAAGAAUCCAAUGGAAUAAAUAAACUAAUUUUUUUUCACCCACAUUGAAGAGUGCAUCUCAGACAUUACUAAUGCAAGUGAGCAGCUUUCCACAAAGGAGAGUAUCUUGGUGUUCCCUCACUUUGUGCUAGCCUAUGCUGUGGGAGAGGCUCAGGCUUUUCCAGAAUCCCCUGCAGCCUUCUGCAUUUAGACUCCCUCCAACUUCACCUGGGACUGGGAGGGGAGAACCGGUCCAGUGCCCUUCAGGUCCAUCUGUGAAGUGUUUGCCUCCCAGGGUGAUGGUCUUACCCAAUACUCAGCUAAAAUGCAAGACUCCAAAAUGUUCCUCCUUUUAGCAGGCACCAAACUCUCAGCUUUUUAGUGAUGCCUCUGUCCUCUUCUGGAAUUAAUGCCUUUCCCCUGACAUUGGUGGAGCAAAGUGUGCCUGUGCCUCACAGCUUUGGUGCCAAAUGGGCGUUGAUUGAAACUGAGAGGAAAGAUAAGGCUGGGACAUGCUCUGUUCUUCCAUCUCGGUGAGAGAUCGUAGCUACCACUGCAGUUCCUGCCCACAGCCCAGAGCUAAUCUGCAUUUCUCUUUACAGUCUCUCUCAUCUUCAUACUCAGCAUCUUCUUCAGUAACACCAAGCAGUCAAGCAUCAGGCUUAAGUUCCGGCUGGUAUGGAGACCUGGAUGGAAAUCCUACAAGGAGUGCAGGUCCCUCUCAUUGGGGUGGAAAUCCUGGCAAGAGAACUCUCUCCCAGGUGUGCACCUAUCCCAGAAGUAUAAUUAGCACUGAGCAUUAACACAGGUGCUUCAUAAACAGAUCUUACAGUGUUUCAUAAUACUUACCAUUGUGGCCUGGUUGCAUAAACUGCAUCAGUUCAAAGUACUGUGUGUAUGGUUAGAAAGGCUUUUCUCUGAAAAGGUGAAAUUAUAUACUAUGGGGUAGCUGCUUUAGUUAUUUUAGGGGCUUAGAAAAGUGGAAGUAUAUGAAGAAAAACAAGUCUUGGAGAAGAAUGGCAGGAUUUGUAUCCUUACAGCUACUUGGUAAGAUCAUUCUGUCACAGGGAACAUGUUCUGCUUUGGUUUGUUUGUUUGUUUUUUAAAUUCAGUUUGGUUUGAAGUUUUUUGCUUUGUUUUUUUAAAGGAGCUAGACACUUGAGUCUACCUGAGUGUCCUCCAGUUUGGCUGAAGCAACAGGUAAUAGCUGGGCAUUUAGUGUCAGCAGUGCCAAAGGGAGGCUGCUGGUCUGGAGAUUCUAGCCCUGAUGUUGAUCUAUUAAGUGAAGCAUAUUUUAGGCCAUGAUAGGAGGAAAAAGAGUAUGUGUAUGGCCUUCAAACACAAAGGCUGAUUUUUCUGCAGUCUCUAGAUUACUGAAGAGGCACCACUGGAAACUGUCCCUCCCUACUGACUGUGAUUUCCACAAGUACCUCAAUAUGUGCUCCUAAAGCCUGGUAAUGUGAGUGCCCUUUUCCUCCUUUUUUUUUCUUCAUUGAAGCUCUGCACAAUUCUCAGAUGAAUCUGGAUAAUGAUGUAAAAUGUCUCCAGUCUCACAUGCUUUUGUGUAUUUUGCUUUCAGGGUGCUUUCUUGCAAAAAUGACUUCUCACAGUAAGGAAGUUGUCUUGUUGCUGUAUGAAAAUCCCCACAAAAAAACUAGGAACCAAACCAGAUAGUGCUGCAAGCACAUGAACAAUUUGGACCAGAGAUAACUUAUUUUUCAGCUGGUUUCAGUGGUUGUAAAUGCUUACAGCGAUAUAGAAGUUAAGUUUCAGAAUAUUUCUGUGUUUGGUCAUACAUAACUUUUGUUCCAAUCCCUGUUAGAAACUGAGGCAUAGAAGGGUGAUGAUGAUAUGCCAGUUGUCCAAGAUAAGUAAUGGGAGAAAAACCAAAUUUUUUUACUUUGAUUUUGUUGCCCUGUUGGAUUAGAUAUCUACUGUUCAUGGUUAGAAAUGAGUGGGUUUCCCAUCCAAACGCAGGAAUGGCUGCAGAACAGGGAGCCUUCAGGCUCUGCAGAGAGGCAGGUUGGGUACCUCACUGUUCUAAAGCCAGAUACACCCCUGCAAUGAAGUGAGCUCAUUCUCAGUGACUGCACUUCAGUAGCUUCUUGAACAGCUGCUGAGACCCAAUGGCAUAUAUAUAUAAUCAGACCAUCUUAUCUUUUCCACUGUUUCUUCAAGAUUUCCCUCUUUCCUGCUGGAAUGGUUUGUUUGAGGUUGCGUCCUUCAACCCAAAUCAUACCAGUCUUUGCUGUAGCAAUAUUGUCCUUGCAGAGGUGACGUCUGCUGUGCAGGAACAGGCUUGCUGGGAUUUUGUCAAUCUGUGCUCAAGACCUUCAAUUUGCUUUAGUUUAACUGGGUAGAAGUUGAAGGUUGGCUCAGACUGUUGAACAGGGCAGUAGCCCUUGUACAUGUUGGACUGAUAUGAUUACACAGUAGUAGUCUGUUUCACAUGGGCAACAUACUCUGGUUUAUCUCACUUAAAUGAGAGACCUUUUAGCAUAACAUGCCUUCAGACUGAUUGCUAUUGACUUCUCAGUCAUGUGGGAUCUUCUGUGCUACCAGUGAGUUUAGGAGACUGCCAUGUUAAUUUAGGUAUUUUUGGGUAUUACAUUUUCAGUAUUCAGGAUAGGUAAUCAAACUAGUGACUCAGUUAUGGGUUUGGUAAUACCUAGCUUGUAAAUACUGAGUAGCAACUCCUCAGUAACAGCUGGAUGUUACCUCAUGGAACAUUACUGAGGAAUCAGAAGCUACUUUGCAAUGUUGGCUUCAGCACAGUAACAAGGGUUGUGCUCACCCUCUUCACUAAACACCUUAUUCCUGUAAUUUCUCCAGGUUUCUCCUUUGUACAGUCAAGUCUUGUAGGGAGAAUUGCUAGUGCUCUCCUCUGGUGCUUUCUGGGAUUGCAGUAAAGAAGUGAGUCCAUUUGUUUGAUUCCCUCAUCAGUGCUGCUGGUGUUAGUUCGAGGUGAGUAAAUGACCAAAGAAUAGUUGGUAGUAGGUUUAUAUUCCUAGUCUCAGUUGUUCAUUCUCCUCACAGAUGCAUUUUUAAGAUCAUUGCAAGAGUGCACAGUGAUUUUGCUGGACUUAGUCUGUUCACAAAAGUUACAUUCAUAUUGUGGGUGACUCUUGUGACUGUCUUCAUGAGAGAAACUUCUGAAUUGCAUUAAGGGGUUUAUAUUUGCUGCCUCCAUUUUAGGUCUUUGGCAGCUUUUUGUAUCUAAAGGAUUAAGAUACUUGGGGAUCAUUCUCUUCCAGAAUUUCAUCCUGUUCCUUCACCUGAGCACUUGCUUUGUCUAUAGCUUACAGCUGAAAAAUUAACAGAUUAAAUUUAUGAUCCAGCUAUGUCGAGUGGUGCUUUGGUGUCUUAAUUUUGCCACUCAGCUGAGAGGCGUUUACAGGCCUUUUGAACUGCUGUGCCCUCACCUGGUGCAGGCAUGAAACAAAGCAGGCUUGCCUAGACCCUUCACAAGUUCACUUGUUUGCUUUGUUUGCAAGAAACCAAGGAUAGGUGGGCUGUCAGUUACUGCAUGUGGGAAAGCAGCAGCAUCUUUCAGCAGCCAGGUGGGAGGUCUGUUUUUAGUGGUCUGUUGCCCUUAUUUUCAAUAAAUGCACUUUUCCAAGGUGUUUGAGAUCUUCUCACUUAGCUACUUUUGUAAUUGCUGCUAUGACUGAAUUACUGGACUGGAGUAUAGCUUAUUCCUAAGGAACUCUGUUGCAGAGCUGUGUAUCAUGCAAGUAGAGUUGAUCCUUUGGCCAGCCCAUGCUGAGCCAGGAACUCUUGAGCUACCAGACACAAGUUUUUUAUCUGAAAGCCAAGUGAAAAUCCCUGUAUACCAUGCUGGCCACCCCACAGUCUGAGUCUCAACUUAAAAUGCAUUUCUGAGUGUUAUGGUGCCCUCAGUAACUUAUUUGAAAUUCUGAAGCAGACAACCCUGGACAAGGGAGAGUGGAAGAGAAAACACAACCACAUCUUUUAUGAGGUGCUCUCCUUUGUACAUGAGCACUUUGUGUGGUGAGGAUGGGCAACGAACACCAGAAAAAGAGUAAAAGGCAAACAGUGUUUGGUAUGGCUCUUGGGACUUCUGAAGAAUUAGAAAACUAGAGGGGAUAUGUAAAUGCUUAAUCAGAAACACCUUUGAGAGAUCAAGUAUAUAUUCCUGACAUUUCUGUGUUAUUUUAGCAACUCUGUUUUUAUUAUAAUAACUGUGUGUUACUUUCUAAGGAUAAAAUUAGGAAGUAUCUUUUUGCUUGUGAUGUUGGGUUUUUUAAUGAAAACCAUGUGGUACUUGGCUGGUUAAAAGAAUGCUCUUGCAGAAAGGAAUCUUCCCAUUUUCUAACAGCCUUUCCCACUAAUACCCUGCUGGGAGCAGUAUGGUCUAAGAAAGUGCACUCAGAUUUAAAAUUGAGUUGGCAGAGUUGGGAAAAAUGUGGGCUGUCUGACUGUUUCUAUACCCAAAAAACCACCAACACUUGAUUGUAUACACAUUGUGGUUGCUGUACUGAAACUGAGAGGGUGUACGAAACCUCUUGCAACAUACUGCAAUGUCUUUAGUCCAAGAUUCUUUUGAAUUGAUUCUUUUGCCUUCAGGACAAAAAAUUUAGGAGUCAAUACAAUGUUUUCUUAGGAACUGCUUUUCUAAAUUCCCUUACUAAAAGGGAAAAUUCAGGUGCUGAAUCUUACAAUCUCCUUAAACUUGUACUUUUUAUUUGCCCAUUCACCUGGUCUCUUUUAAUUUUCAAGGCCUCCCACAGUCUCAGGGUAUAAAUCACUAUGACUCAUCCAAAUAGUACCGAAACGGACCAACCAGAGGUUAAUGUGCCUUCCUCUUCUGGUACUUUGAUCUUUAUAAAGUUAUCUCAAACUUGUCACUGUCUUAGGGCUGCGUACAUGCAUUGUCUUUUUCUAAGAUGUAUGUGUUGAAAUUGCAACAGGUUUGUACUGUUACUUGUAACUUGUUCCAUUUGUGUUAGGAUGUGGUGUAGACAAAUCAAUGUGCUGGUUGGUCUUGGUAUCAGUCUUGCCAGUGACACCUGUCAGUCCUUGCUUGUAUGUUCAUGUGUAGACAAAUGCUGGAUCUUCCCCACUGCCUGUGGUGCAUAAGAUGCACAAAAUAUACAAGGUGUUUUAAAAUGUGCAGUCAUCAUAACUUGUUGCCUGAAGGUAGGAUGUCCUACAGUGAACUGUUAUUAAUGUUUUUUCCCCAAAUAUUUUUACUAAGAUCCAAAGCCUUGAGGAAAAAAAAAAAAAAAAUCAGGACUUGCUGAUACUUGAUGGUUUUUGUUCUGAAUCCAGGGUCUGAUGUUUGUUAAAAACUCCUCCAAAUCCACUCAUCUAACAGGCUUUCUCAGCUUGUUUCUGUCAUGAGGUGUAUCAGAAACAGCACUGAAUCCUGAACUAUCACAGAAGCUGUCAAGCAAAGUAGUAACAGCUCUCUUCAAAUAUUACAGUGCACAUUUUUUAACUGUAGGAUAAACCUGUUCCAAGUUAUUGAUAGAGCUUGCAAAUAGAACAGUGCAAAAUUGCAGUACGUGAAACCAGCCUAUCUGCACGUGGGUCUCAGUGUUCUGUUACCUUGCAAAUUGUUUCUCCUCUCUGAAAAGGUGUUUUUGGUUUUUGUUUUUUUUCAACACAAAGACAUUACAUUUGGCUUAGUUUCUAAAGAUAUAUUUGUUUACAAACCUCAAAAUUACAUCUGACAUUUGGCCUGAGUUUCUAACUCUUAUGCAUUUAGAAAGUAUAGUACAAUUGAUACAUUAUGUCUCAUAAGAACAUGGAAAGAGGAACAUAUGUAUCUUCACUUGCUGUGGCCUUCCAUGGACGUGCCUAUGCAUAAUUAACUGAAUUACAGUACUGGACUCUGUUGAUCCAUGAGGUUACCUUUUUAUUGAGAAUCAGCACAAUUAGUCAUCAGUGUAUUGACAUUAAUACAUGGUCAUGGAGCUCUAAGGUCUAUGUGUUUUCUGUGCUAACAGUAUCUGUUCUCUCUGCACAGACUUACUGUGGAGUUCUUUUUGCUUCAUGUUAAUUUCAGAGUUCCUUUAAAUUCAGUGAGGUGCUGUUUUUAGGACAGUCACUUUUCUGAGUAGAACAAAUGGAUUUAACUUAGUUUUCUACCUUUAGCAUCUUCCUCUUCUCCCAUUUCUUCCUAGUUCACCUAUAAUGAUGAGUUCAAAGCUGUCUGCCUACUCUGAAAAUUAUCGAAUCAUGAAAAGAAAACCUGUAGCCCAGUGUGGCAAGAUCACUCUGUGCUUUUACCAUAAACCUCUGUGACUGGAUGCCUCUCUUGCAAGUGGAGACUCCACCCCUGCACAGUCUGAAGAAGCUGAAAGCUUCUUGCACCCAUAUUGUUCAGUAGGUGUCAGCAGAUCAAGAAGUGGAAGUGCCCUGUGCCUUCACCCAGUGUGUUUGUCGAACUCAUCUGUAGUGGUUUAGCCAGAGAACUGGCAUCUUCAAUUGCUACUCAGAGUCUUGACUAAAGGUUUCAUUCAGGGCAAUAGCAGCAGGGUGACUUGAUUCCAUUCUCUUCCUCCAGAGAUUUAUUUUUUGGGGGGGUGGAAUUAUAGAAGAGUAGGGAUAUGAGCAAAACAAUAACCGUGUUCUCAAAAGAGAAAAGUUAUUCUAAUGUACUUUGGCCAGCAAGAAUGACAAAGAGGUGAGCUGGCAAUGGAAUGUUUGAAGGGUAGGCUUUGAGGGUUUGUGCCAUCAUGCCUUAGAUCACUGCAAAUUAGUUGCUCCCAGAGCUUUCAAAACGGUCAGUCCCUCUUCAGAUGAGGUGUGAAGAUGGCAUGCGGAAAAACCAGUUUCCCCAGUGGUCACUCAGUCUUCCCCUCAACAUUCAAGGUUACCAGUGCACUUGUCUCUGUUUUCAUGAGUGACUGACUAAUGUGCUUCACGGCUGCCACCAGCCCCCUCCACCUGCUUUGUGCAGGGAUGAUGGAGUGAAAAGGCCUUGUCUGCCUUGUCCUCCACUUGGCUGGCUGUUGACAGUGCAGGGAUGUAACAGGCCAGUUGUGAUUUACAGCUUCAGCUGGUUGCUCUGGGCUUCUCUCACACUGGAGGUGUGGUAGUGGGGCUGUUAGAGAAAGAACUGGUUAAGUAACUUCUGUUGGGCUUUUGUCCCUCUUGUUCAAAUUGCUGUCUCCGGUCUCAGUCUCUUGUCCCACCCUCACUCACAUCUUGUCACACUGCUGCUUGGGACUUGAGCAAGUUCCCUGUUCUCUCAUGGUGUACUAGAUCAGGUACCAAGUUCUGCAAAGCCUGGGGGUACCUGUUAGACCCCUACUACACUUUGAAACUUCUACUGCCUUAGGCAGUGGUUUGCUGAACUAGGACCUUGCUCACAGUAUCCUUAUUCGUUUUACUCAGCUCUAGGUAUCUUCCUGGACUGCCAUAUCCCUUUCAGUCCAAAAAGGUUUGCUUCAAAGUCACUCCUGUUCCAUGGAGUUGAUUCCCAUACUACUGGUUAUUGCAAUUCAGUGGCUUUUCUUUUUCUUGUUUUUAUUUUGGGGUUCACUGCAAAUGUACAAAACCAUACUGACUUUCUCAACUCCUGAACAUAGUACAGGGGCCUGUCCUGAGGCAUCAGAAUUAUUUGUCUACUCUCAAGGUGCACAGAAGCAAGGAUCUCUUAGACAGACAAAAAAGAAACCAGCUGCAUAUACACAAGUAGAAAGGUAUCUCUGAGUAGAAUAGGUGAGGGAGCAGCUUCUGAAUUUUAAGUAUAAAAACAGUAAUUGGGGAUUUUUUUUUGUUUCUUUUUUUUAAAUUGCUUUAACAGAAAGUUAGGUGGUGUUUUAAGCCACGUGAAAUUGCAAGGUAAACCAAGAUUUUCUGUCCAUCAGUGCAAAAUGUGCCUCUCAAUUAUAAUACAAAGUCAAUAUCUGUUUGCAAUGGAAGAAAAUUAUCUGAAGACUGAUUAAAUGUGUUUCUUGCUCUUAUAUGUAAUCACCCACACAACAGUCCUUGCUGGUCUUUCCCAAGCACUAUUCAACACUAUCCUUAUUUAAAAACAAAACAGGGACUGCAUUGAGUAGUGAAACCUAAUGAAUUUCCUUGGUUUGAGAGAGACCCUGGAGAUAAGAGUCCAGGUUCCAUGUGUUUUAAAUGUAACUUUAAACCAGUGCAGCUAUUCUCUCAGACCAGUGCAGCUUUCUACCUUUCCUUCCAUUUACAUGGGAAUUUAAAAAUAAACCAAGCAAUACAUGAGCCAGUUGAUGUCCUUUCAGGUGGAACAUGUUUUUUUUUUAAAUUUGAAGAUUGAGAUUUCUCUUGUGGAAGAACAUUAUGGGUGCAAAAGUGUGGAGCUCAGAUUACAGCUCUUCCACCAGCUUGUUAAUGCAAUUAAGUAUUCUGGACUCUUCUGAAGAAGACUGUGUAAAAGCUGUGAAGGCAUAGACUGAAACUGAUAAUUUUAAAUUUUAGGUCAUGUGUGUGUUGCUUGACUACAUGGACAAUGUAACAGUGAUUUUUAGAGAUUGGUUUCCAUGUGUCAGUCACAAACAAUUUGCUGUUUGGAGGAAAACUUUUAGUAGAUACAUUUCCAGAUCAAAUUAUGAGCCUAUUUUCCCUCUUGCAUUAACCGGGUUACUGUGUUCACAUGUCAGAAAGAUGUUGCUCUUUGAAGAAGCAUGUUAGUGUAUGUGGCAAUGCCCCAUGCACUUUUUAAAUACCUAGACCUGUACAUUCUCAUCUGAGUAUCGUUAACCAUGCUGUAGUCUGACAAAUGAAUCUUUUACUACUGCCCUGUUACAUAGAUAAUUGUAAUUAACUGCAGUUUGUUUUUUUCCACUACUUGAAGUUGUGUGAUCUGAAAAGUGGUGAACAAAAAGUAUUUGUGCAUCUUACUAUGGGAAUCUCUAAAUAAAAUGUAUUUGUAUAGUGUA